AUUCGUGACGUCGGGGCAGGAAGUGUUUGAGGAAGUGGCGCUCGGCUGGCAGGUUUAAGAUUCCCGCAUUUUAAUGUCUUCAGGGUGGUACCAGAGCCCCCAGUUUUGCCGCCCCAGUCCCCGCAUCCCCCACCCCGUGUCCCCGCCGACAGAGUUAUCACAGCAUCAGUAUGAGCUGGUCACCUUCCCUGCCAACCCAGACAUGUGGGGCCUGGGAAAUGAAAGAACGACUUGGGACAGGGGGAUUUGGAAACGUCAUUCGAUGGCACAAUCAGGAGACAGGUGAGCAGAUUGCUAUCAAGCAGUGCCGGCAGGAGCUCAGCCCCCGGAAUCGAGAACGAUGGUGUCUGGAGAUUCAGAUCAUGAGAAAGCUGAACCACCCCAAUGUGGUGGCUGCCCGGGAUGUCCCCGAGGGGAUGCAGAACCUGGCUCCCAACGACUUGCCCCUGCUGGCCAUGGAGUACUGCCAAGGAGGAGAUCUCCGAAAGUACCUGAAUCAGUUCGAGAACUGCUGCGGCCUGCGGGAAGGAGCCAUCCUCACCUUGCUAAGCGACAUUGCCUCUGCACUUAGAUACCUUCAUGAAAACAGAAUCAUCCAUCGGGAUCUAAAGCCAGAAAACAUCGUCCUGCAGCAAGGAGAGCAAAGAUUAAUACACAAAAUUAUUGACCUAGGAUAUGCCAAGGAGCUGGAUCAGGGAAGUCUCUGUACUUCCUUUGUGGGGACCCUGCAGUACCUGGCCCCGGAACUGCUGGAGCAGCAGAAGUACACAGUGACUGUCGACUACUGGAGCUUCGGCACCUUGGCUUUCGAGUGCAUCACGGGCUUCCGGCCUUUCCUCCCCAACUGGCAGCCUGUGCAGUGGCAUUCCAAAGUCCGGCACAAGAGUGAGAUGGACAUUGUUGUUUUUGAAGACUUGAAUGGAGCAGUAAAGUUUUCAAGCUCUUUACCCUAUCCCAAUAAUCUUAACAGUGUCCUGGCACAGCGGCUGGAGAAGUGGCUGCAGCUGAUGCUAAUGUGGCACCCCCGACAAAGGGGCACUGAUCCUGCGUACGGACCCAAUGGCUGCUUCAAGGCCCUGGAUGACAUCUUAAACUUAAAGCUAGUUCAUAUAUUGAACAUGGUCACAGGCACCAUUCACACCUACCCAGUUUCAGAGGAUGAGAGUCUGCAGAGCUUAAAGGCCAGAAUCUGUCACGACACAGGAAUCCCCGAGGAGGACCAGGAGCUGCUGCAAGAAGCGGGUCUGGCAUUGAUCCCCGACAAGCCUGCCACUCAGUGUAUUUCAGACGGCAAGCUAAAUGAGGGCCGCACGUUGGACAUGGAUCUUGUUUUUCUCUUUGACAACAGUAAAAUCGCCUAUGAGACUCAGAUCACCCCACGGCCCCAGCCUGAAAGUGUCAGCUGUAUCCUUCAAGAGCCCAAGAGGAACCUGUCCUUCUUCCAGCUGAGAAAAGUGUGGGGCCAGGUCUGGCACAGCAUCCAAACCCUGAAGGAGGACUGUAACCGGCUGCAGCUGGGACAGCGGGCUGCCAUGAUGAACCUCCUCCGGAAUAACAGCUGCCUCUCCAAGAUGAAGAAUUCCAUGGCUUCCAUGUCUCAGCAACUCAAGGCCAAGUUGGAUUUCUUUAAGACCAGCAUCCAGAUUGACCUGGAGAAGUAUACAUCAGAUAAACUGCUGCUGGCCUGGAGGGAAAUGGAACAGGCUGUGGAGCUCUGUGGGCGGGAGAAUGAAGUGAAACAUCUGGUGGAACGGAUGAUGGCACUGCAGACUGAUAUCGUGGACUUGCAGAGGAGCCCAAUGGGUCGGAAGCAGGGGGGGACUCUGGACGAUCUAGAAGAGCAAGCAAGGGAGCUUUACAGGAGACUAAGGGAAAAACCGAGAGACCAACGAACUGAGGGUGACAGUCAGGAAAUGGUGCGGCUGCUACUUCAGGCAAUCCAAGGCUUUGAAAAGAAAGUGCGAGUGAUUUAUACCCAGCUCAGUAAAACCGUGGUUUGCAAGCAGAAGGCUCUGGAAUUGUUGCCCAAGGUGGAAGAGGUGGUGAGUUUAAUGAAUGAGGAUGAGAAGACUGUUGUUCGGCUUCAGGAGAAGCGACAGAAGGAACUCUGGAAUCUCCUGAAGAUCGCUUGUAGCAAGGUCCGUGGUCCUGUCAGUGGCAGCCCAGAUAGCAUGAAUGCUUCUCGCCUUAGUCACUCUGGUCAGCUAAUGUCUCAGCCUCCCAACGCCCCCUACAGCUUGCCCGAGACAGUCAACAAAAGUGAAGAGUUGAUGGCUGAAGCACAUACUCUCUGCACCCAGCUAGAAAAUGCAAUGCAAGACACCAUGAAAGAACAGGACCAGAGUUUACGGUCUCUAGACUGGAGCUGGUUACAGUUGGAAGAAGAGGAGCAGAAUAGCCUGGAGCAGGCCUCCUGACGACAGUGGGUGGCCUGGACCACCUGAUGGGGCUGCCUGGCCUGGUGCUCUCCCACAGUGGCCACUGCUAUAAUGACAUCCCAGCAGUCUUUGGCACCCAGAUAUUCACUGUGGACCAAGGGCCCCCGUGGGCACCGCCAACAACUUGUCUGCACACUGGAAAUCCUCCACCACAGAGGCCCAGCGAGCGCGGAUGUCAGGCACAAGCUUUUAGGGAGACCAAGCCACAGCAGCUACUUUCUCUGCUCUGAAAAAAAGUGCUUCAAGUACAGUUGCCCCACAGACCAUUGGACAAAUGUCUAAUCUGAAUCUUUCAGGACAAAGUAGGAUCCACACUUGGUGCCAGCCUAUCUUCUCCUGACCCCUCCUGAUCUCCAAAGGCCUUGAUCCACCUGUCCUCACAGCUAGAAUUUUAUUGGAUUCAGCUUUUCUUAAACAGACUUUUAAAUCAUGGACUUGAUCUGGCCCCAUCCUCUCUCUUCCUGUUUUCGUUUCACUGCUGCUAACAUUUUCCUUUACCUACACGUUGGUAGUUGUCCUCCCUUGGGCAGUGUUGUAGAUAAAUGCUAAGCUCCCCCUGUCUGUAGUCCUUUGAGCCACAGAGUGACUCAGUAGAGCCAGCAUGGAAGAGCAACUCCAUUCCUUUGGAUUCCAAAGAUUACCUGAGAGUGAGUUGUCAUGGAGAAGAAGAAAAGGUUAUCUGUCAACCGCAGUGCCCACACCCCCUGUCCUUGCUCAGACACAUCUGUGUGUAGCUGCGAUGGGAUGGGGAGUCCCUGCAUCUCAUAUCCUCUAGCAGUAUUAUUAAAUUGAUUUAUUUAAAAGUU